AUGAAGGAUUUUGUGGCGAGACUGAGUAAUGUAAGCUCUGACGGCAAGUUUCAACCGGCUAAGGAUCGCUACCAUCUGUAUGUCUCCUUGGCCUGUCCGUUUGCUCAUCGCACCAUCAUCACGAGGAAGCUUAAAGGCCUAGAAGAUGUGAUAGGGAUGACCAUUGUAGACUACCUUCGAGAUGACAAUGGAUGGGCAUUCACUGAUCAGCGCCCAAAGACUUCACUAGACACUGUCAAUAACUGCAAGUACCUCCGAGAGGUGUACAGAAUCGCAGAACCGGGUUACGAUGGUCGCGUUACCGUACCGGUCUUGUGGGACAAGCAGAACAAGACCAUCGUGAACAACGAAUCCGCUGAGGUCCUUCGUAUACUCAACAAGCAGUUCAAUGCCUUCUCAGCUACGGAGGAGCAGCGAAAUCUAGAUCUUUCUCCAGAUGAACUGAUGGAAGCCAUUGAGGAUAUCAACUCCUGGAUUGCUCAAGAUAUUAACAUAGGUGUAUACAGUGCUGGUUUCGCCACCACUCAAGAAGCCUAUGACCAAGGCGUGAUCAAACUCUUCAAAGCUCUGGACAGGGUGGAGGAUGUAUUGUCUAGGUCUCGUUAUCUAUGCGGAGAUCGUUUGACCGAGGCCGACAUCCGUCUCUUCACGACCCUGAUACGUUUCGAUGUCGUUUACGCUCAUCAUUUCAAGUGUAACAAGAAGCGGAUCGUGGACUAUCCCAAUCUCUGGGGUUUCACACGUGAUCUGUAUCAGAUGCCGGGUAUCGGAGAGACUGUAGACCAAGAACAUAUCCAGAAACACUACCAGAUGGUUCACCGACACAUCAAUCCUAACGGCAUCGUCGCCAUCGGGCCCGAUCUCGACUUCGAUUCUCCACACGGCAGGGAUGUUAAAUUCCAAAAGUAGAAGGAUUGAAAUAAGGAAUAUCCCAAACCAUGGAGCAAACACAAUCACAGGGACUGAUCCAGGUUUUCAUGAAUAAGGAAACACAGAAAAUGGGUCAAUAUUCUUCAAAAUUGGGGGCAAAAGUAGAUGUUCUCUGUGCCCCUAUAGAAUAUAGAUUCAAUACAUUUUGAUCAUCAGAUUAUUUCAAUGAUAAAGAUUUUUUGAAUUGCAUGUCUUUUUUACUUUAUGUAUAAUAAGAUAUAAUGAUAAAAAUACAUUCAUGUUAUGUAGUGCCUUGUUUGUGUGUGGGGGGAUUUGUGUGUAGAUAUGACGUGUGGUAGCUGAUAAUGUAAACCAAUUAAGACCAACUUUUCCUCUGAAUGCAACCUAUAGUAUCCCUGUUAGUUAUUUUAUUUUUUAUUAUAUUUGCUUGUUUAUUAUUUGUUCUUGUAUACUUGUCUAAUGUCAUCGUGAAUGCCAAGAAUCAUUUUGAACUAUUUGUAAUUAUUACAAUUUUGAUGAUUUAAUUUAACAAAACAUAUACAAAUAUAUCCUUUUCCUCUGAAUAUGAGUUAACUU